UCUUGAUGUUUUUCAUGGUUAUCUCCGGGGUUGUGAUAUCAAGAAUAAAGGAACUAAGUUUUAUUGGAUCUUUGAUCCAACUUAUAUACGUUUUUGUUACGUUAAAUGGAGAAAAUCAACAAGAAGAGGAAACGGCAGGCUAACAACCAGAAGAACAUAUCAAACUAUAAGAAGAUAGAGCCAAUUACUCCACCUGCUCCUUAUGUUAUUGUUGUUCAUGGACCUCCCAAGGUUGGGAAAUCCUUGUUGAUCAAAUCUCUAGUAAAGCAUUAUACCAACCAUAAUCUUACCGAUGACACCACCCCAGGCCCCAUUACGAUUGUCGUCGGCUCAGGCGAAGAACAAAGACGGAUACAGUUUGUGGAGUGUCCUAACAAUGUCAAUGGCAUGAUUGAUGCUUCAAAGUAUGCCGACGCAAUCAUACUGCUCAUCGACGUGAGUUAUGGGUUUGAAAUGGAAACACUCGAGUUUGUUAACCUUUUAAAAGUUCACGGCAUGCCCAAGCUUAUUGGGGUGUUUACAAAUCUUGACUGCUUUUUAAAUAAAGAUGUAAAGAUUGAAGAAAUGCGAACAGCGCGUUUCAAAAAACUUUUUAGGAAUGAAAUACAUGAAGAAGCACAAAUAUUCUGCUUAUCUGCUUCAGAUGAAGAUGAAAAGAUGUAUCUGGAGAUUGAUAUUUCCAAACUGGCAAGCUUCAUAUUGGGUAUGGAAUUCCAUCCUAUGUCAUGGCGAGCUGCAAAUCCUUAUGUGCUGGUAGAUUGUUUUGAAGAUGUCACUCCUACAGAAAGAUUGCACUUGGAUAAAAACUGCGGUAAAAAAGAAACCGAGGUGCAUAUUGCCGGCGUCGGUGACUUCCCUUUAGCUGGCGUGGCAAGUGUAGCUGAACCUCGCCCAUUACCGCAUAUUGAUGAUCCAAAGGUACCAACUGCAGAUAUUUUAGUUUUGACUCUCUUUGGUUGA